GGUUAUCAGGCAGACUGGGGGGAGGGAGAUCAGGGACCUUCCCUCUCCAGCGUCUCCUCUGCUGGAGCCACCAGCUCCAGCCCCUGCCAGACAAUGCCUGUGGAGGAGUUUGUGGCCGGCUGGAUCUCUGGAGCUCUGGGCUUGGUUCUGGGACACCCUUUUGACACUGUAAAGGUGCGGCUACAGACCCAGACCACAUACCAGGGCAUCAUUGACUGCAUGGUUAAGACUUACCGCCAUGAGUCGCUUCUGGGUUUUUUCAAGGGAAUGAGCUUCCCCAUUGCAAGCAUAGCUGUGGUCAACUCCGUCCUGUUUGGAGUCUACAGCAACACGCUGCUGGCUCUCACAGCAACCUCCCACCAGGAGCGGUGGGCCCAGCCACCCAGCUACACGCAUGUCUUCAUAGCUGGCUGCACUGGAGGGUUCGUGCAGGUGAGAGGCAGGCACGGAGGCAUGUGUACACAGGUGCUGUCAAGCACACAAACAGCUGCCUACUGCUUGGCCCCUUUUGACCUCAUCAAAGUCCGGCUACAAAACCAGAUGGAGCCAAGGGCUCGGCCGGGCAGCCCCCCACCCCGGUACCGGGGUCCUGUGCACUGUGCAGUCUCUAUCUGCCGGGAGGACGGGCCCUGGGGGCUCUUCCGCGGAGCCUGGGCCCUGACGCUGAGGGACACCCCCACACUGGGGAUCUAUUUUGUCACCUAUGAGUGGCUCUGCCGCCAGUCUACACCAGAUCGCCAGAACCCCGGUGCAGCCACAGUGCUGGUGGCAGGGGGCUUUGCAGGCAUUGCCUCCUGGGCUGUAGCCACCCCCUUGGACGUGAUCAAGUCCCGGAUGCAGAUGGGCGGGCUGAAGCACAGGGUGUACCGGGGGGUGCUGGACUGCAUGGUAAGCAGUGCCCGACAGGAAGGACUGGGGGUCUUUUUCCGGGGGCUUACAAUCAACAGUGCCCGCGCCUUUCCUGUGAACGCUGUCACCUUCCUCACCUACGAGUACCUCCUCAGCUCAUGGGGAUGAGCGUGGCCAGGUGAGGCCUGUAGCUCCCGGCCAGACCACUGCCCAGCCGCCCAGAUUGGAGGCCAAGGUGAAAGCACCAGCUUGCGAUUCCAAUUCGAGGGGCCUGGCCUUUCCUUAAGGGUAGGCAGUGGCGGGGAGCAGCAGGAGGCCCAGGGCCCUGGACUCCGGGAAGGCAAGGCUGGCUUCGGCCACCCAGCUGCACUUGCCUGGAUUCCCACGCUCCCGGAGAGCCCGUGAAGCACACUCAUUGGCCAGUGGUGCUGUUGACAUCCCAGAGACUUCACCCUCAGAGAGCUCUCAGAGCCUGCACUCCUGGGCAGCACUCCAUCCUCCCCUGCCCCCCACCUCACCUCCUUUCUAACUGCUCCACCUCACCCCCACUGGAGAGCAGCCUUCAGUCUCCUCUGGUCCAGAAUCCUUCAGCGGCUCCCUUGGCCUCUGGGGACAAGCCCCACCUCCCCCACCCCCUGGGCCCUCCCUGCCUAUUCCCCCUCUUCUUCCUGGGGGGUUUGGCAGCCCAGCCCUGCACAGGGAUUGCAAACUGGACUAUCCUUGGCCUUGGCCUGGAAGGCUUAUUCCCUCCUGGCCCGCAGGGGGCAGCGCCCACACGGUGACUCCAUCACUCUUUGGCUGAACCCGCCCCUGGGCCCAGGCUGAGCACCUCUCCUGAGUCCUUCCUGGCAAGCACAGGAGUCUCCCUUGCCCCCACUGGCUGUGGGUUUUCAUACCACCUCCACCGGGCCCCUGAUCCCUCCCACAUCUCCCACAGGCCAAGAUCGCAGCCCUCCCUGUGCUUUGCCGUGGUUGUUGGGUUGUUGAUUUGAUUCUCAACCUAACCCCGUCAUACCGAGAGCUCCUUGAGGUCAGGCGUCAGACUUACAAUGGGAUCCCCUACUCCAACCACCACACCUGUUCCCUGGGUCCUGUCUCCGCCCCCACCUUUCCACUGAGAGGUUUUGCCUGCCUGGCCCCUCUCGGAGUCAUCUCUGGUGGCGUGGUGCCAGGAGUCGGGGCCGCUUUUCCAGGGUGUCUGCCUGGCCCACUCUCAUUGAUGGUGCUUGUUUGCUUUACCCACCUCAACUGCUAAGUGGCAAUUAAAAGCUGGCCAAGAAGGUUUACUUAAUUGGCAAUAAAGAUGAGCAGAGUUUGUACCCACCAAUGUCCCGAUCUGG